AUACCGAGACAUACAUAUCGUGCAAGGUCUCACGUACCCAGUUUGAUCACGUCGGUCCAGAGGCUAAAAGUAAGAUCGGACGGUAUAAAGUUUGACAUUUGUGUUCGAGCAGUACUUGAGAAUUCUACAGCUCCGAAAAACUGACCUGCCACACCUGUCAAAAUAAUGUUCCCCCUCCGAACUCUGGUCCCCUUCGGAAACUAUUCUCCGCAUCGGAUAUUUUGUCAACAUUUUGGAAAUGGGAUACCGAUGGACUCUGACGUCCACAUUCCGCCCUCAUUUGGUCAUCUGCACCACCACUUUCCCCUCCACCUCCUGCCUCACAGGAAGUCUGGCUUUUCCGAAGUGACGUCCAACCAGGACAAAUUUCAGAUCCGACUGGAUUGCCAGCAUUUCAGCCCUGACGAACUCACGGUGAAAGCAGUGGAUAAAAAUGUCGUGGUGGAAGCGAAACAUGAAGAAAAAGAGGAUGAGCAUGGAUACAUCACUCGCUCCUUCACGCGUCGAUAUCCACUCCCUGCAGAUAUCAAUCCUGACGAUUUUGAUGAUAAAGUCGUCUGCGAGCUGAGUACCGAUGGCGUUCUCAUGAUCACCAUUCCAAGAGUGAAGGUCGUUACGGGGGACGCUAACGAAAAGAUUAUCCCAAUUACACACACAGGAAAAAUGGCUAAUGGUGCAGACCCAUUGUAAAAAGAUCUCAUUCCAAAUAAUUCUACAACUUCCAAUCAAAAUGUAUGAAACAUUUUAUCGAAAAAAAUAAAAUGCUGCACUCAUUGCAAAAAUAUG